CACAAAUACCCAAGCAAUCACAAUCACGCAAACCCUCACUCACGUGGCAGGCCCACACUGAACACUGCCAACACACAUCCUGCCCUGUUCAUACACGACAUCUGCCUCCGUCGCGUCUGCGGGACAUCUGACAACCCCACCAUCCCGCCCGGAGCUGCGCCAUGUACAUGUCGUUACACGAGCAAGAACUAUGUCGACAGCUGCGCGAACUGCCAAGGCGACACAACUACCGGUUCGAACUCGCUGCUGACCGUGAGCUGCGCGAGAUACUUUUCCGAUCACUUGCUGGUCGGGACGACUUCCUUCCGCUGUUCUUCCCAAAUGGACCGCAAACCGACUGCGAGAAGCCAUGGAGCUUGCGUGACGCACAGGGCGCAGUAGAGGGUGCAGAGUAUACCGCAGCAGCGAGGGGGAAGCCAUGCGGGCACAUCUUCAAGAACGGCGAGGCUACAUACCGCUGCAAGACAUGCACGGCCGACGACACAUGCGUUCUAUGCGCCCGCUGCUUCGAUGCGUCAGACCACGAGGGCCACCAGGUCUUUGUUAGUGUCUCACCUGGCAACUCCGGCUGCUGCGACUGCGGAGAUGAUGAGGCGUGGGUACGACCUGUACACUGCAACAUACACUCAGUCGACCCGGAGCAUGAGUCCAAGGCGGCUGGCAAGGCGAGGGAAGGCACCAUGCUGCCAGACGAACUUGUCGAGACCAUACGCAUCACAAUCGCCCGAACGCUAGAUUACCUCAUCGAUGUCUUCUCCUGCUCUCCCGAACAACUGCGCCUACCCAAGAGCGAAGAGUCGAUCAGGCAGGACGAGCGUAACUCGCGCCUCAUUUCGAGAUGGUACGUUUCCGGAGACCACUCCGAAGAGUGCGACGAAUACUGCUUGGUGCUGUGGAACGACGAGAAGCAUACGGUCAAUGAUGUUAGAGACCAAGUCGCACGUGCGUGCAAACAGAAACUUGCGUUUGGCCUCGCAAAGGCCUAUGAGAUAAAUGACGUGGGGCGCAGUGCGAUCGUAUACCGAACAGACAUCAAGGAUCUUCUCAGGAUGGCCAAAAUCAUCGAAGAGAUCAAGCUGACUGUCACAAUUCGAUCUGCUCGAGAUACGUUCCGCGAACAGAUGGGCGGUGCCAUCAUCGAAUGGAUUUCGGACAUUGCAGGGUGUAGUGUGGGUGAGGACAGCCAGAUACUUAGACGCACCGUUUGUGAAGAACUACUGAAACCGUGGCGAGUCGGUAGUGAGGCAUCGAAUCAGGGUAUAGGCAAGAAUGGUCUUGACGAUCACGAAAUGGAAGACAAGGAAGCUGAAAUGGAUGGCUUCUUCAGUGGCCUGUUGCCUAUACAAAGGCGCCCACGAAUUAUCCGCGUUCAGCGACAGCGGACUACUGAUGCCACCGACGACACCACUGGCUCAGACGAGGAUGACGAGGAUGAGGAAGGCGAGGGCGGCCCUGCGGCCGACGCCCAAGAUGAUAUGGACAUUGACGAGGUCGGUGCUCAGGAUGAGGAUGGUGACGUCGAAAUGGAGGCGUACGAAAGUGCAGAUGAGACACUCGAAAUGGCCGAAGCAGCCAGGGCAGGCUAUCCUGCUCCACCACCACCGCCUCCCCCUGCUCCUCAAAACACACAACGUGGCCAGCUUGAACAGAGCGUAACACCCGCAGAGUCCGAUAGUGAACCUGUAGUUGGUGCACCGUCACUCAGCCAUGUCGAACCCAUGUUACCUGUACCCGAGACGCCACAUACUCGAACUUUGACAUUGCGGCCAGCAAGGCCGGCCAAAUAUUGGUUGGAGAAGCCUGAAAACUACGGCAAGAAGCCUGGGACUCCUCCUCACGAGGAUCUGUGGCAGCGCCUACGGCUAGAUCAUCUCAUCUUAUACGACUUGCGAAUGUGGAAGCAGUUGCGUAUUGGCAUACGCGAUGUCUUCAUAAGCACAGUCGUCACAAUCCCUGAAUUCAAGCGUUUGCUGGGUCUGCGCUUUGCGGGCGUCUAUACUGCUCUAGCCCAGCUCUAUCUAAUCGCGGACCGCGAGCCGGACCACUCCAUUAUCAACCUCUCUCUCCAGAUGCUGACGACUCCGUCUAUCACUUCAGAGGUGGUUGAGCGUGGAAACUUCCUCACUAAUCUAAUGGCCAUCCUUUAUACCUUUCUGACUACGCGUCAAGUCGGCUACCCCUCGAACGUCGAUCCGAAAGCCACAUUAGCCUUCGAGCAAGGAGCCGUGACCAAUCGCCGCAUGUACCACUUUUUCCUCGAUAUGAAAUAUCUCCUCGGAUCAGAAUUUGUCCAGGAGAGAAUCCGUGAAGAGCCGCGCUACCUUUUACAAUUCCUUGAUCUUGUCAAGCUUCAUCAAGGUAUCUGUCCUAACGUUCGACAAGUGGGUGAGCAUCUAGAAUUCGAAUCCGAAGCUUGGAUCAGUGCCUCCUUGAUCACUCGGGAGAUCAACAAGCUGUGUAGACAUUUCGCGGAAUCUUUUGCCUGGACUCGCGAUGAAGAUCCAACCAACAUUCAACGUGCAAUACGUGCAGCCGCAAAGGUUGCUAUCAUUAAUUCGCUAGGUGUUGAACGCAAACGCUUUGAUCAGACCGAACUAAAAGCAGAGACCAAGUUCAAGUCUUUGGACAUUCCCGAGUUCCUUUCCGAGUCAUCUGCAAGACAACCAUACAAGAUUGUUGACUACGUUGUUGCGACUCAGCCAAUGAGCUUUCACCACGCGCUUCAUUAUACUGUGUCCUGGUUGAUUGAUCGAGCACGGAGCAUGAAUAGGGAGGACAUCCUGCGACUACUUCUAUUUUCUCACAGCGAACUACAGAUGGACCUCGGCCCAGCUGUAGCGCCUGUUCCAGUCCACGAGCCUGAAGAUUACCUACUUGCCAUGUUCGAUUUCCCGCUUCGGGUGUGUUCGUGGCUGGCACAGAUGCGCGCAGGAAUCUGGGUCAGGAACGGCAUCACGUUGCGACACCAGAUGACUCAAUACCGAAGCGUAUCACAGAGAGACGUUUCCCAUCAACGGGACAUCUUCCUCUUACAGUCUGCUCUCGUGCUGUGUGAUCCAUCAGUUUUCUUAGCUUCCAUGGUGGAUCGUUUCGGACUUGUCGGCUGGAUGACUGGGAGAUAUGAAGCUAGCUACCAUGGAUUCGAGGACAGCCAAGCUAUUGAUGUGGUAGAGGACUUUGUCCAUUUGCUGAUCAUUAUCCUCAGCGAGCGCACUUCGUUGAUACCCGCAGAAGACAACGACGAGUCUCAACUGGUCGCUAUGCGCAAGGACAUUGCGCACGUUUUGUGUUUCAAGCCACUCUCCUUCUCCGACAUGACAGCACGUUUGUCAGACCGGAUUCAGAACCUAGAUGAGUUUCCUGAGGUGCUUUCAGAAAUGACUAGAUUCCGACCUCCAGAGGGUUUGUCUGAUAGUGGUACUUUCGAGUUGAAAGAGCAAUAUAUCGACUUGAUCGACCCGUAUCUUCACCAAUACAACCGAAACCAGAGGGAAGAGGCAGAAAACAUCUACAAAGCAUACGUUGCUAAGCAAACCGGGAAGCAAGCGAGUGACAUCGUUUACGAGCCCAAACUUCGACCAAUCCCCUCUGGCCUGUUUCGAGACCUCUCAGCUUUUACAAGAACCCCCUUGUUCACUCAGAUCAUCUAUUACCUACUAGCAUACGGUCUUAAGGCCGUGCAAGUGACACCAAGUAUACCGCCAACUCGUGUAGAGACGUACAUUCAAUUUGUCUUACAAUUGGUUCUUGUCGCUAUACUCGAAGAUAAAAGUACAGAACAUGGAUGGUCUGAAAAAGCACCAGAGUCGUUUGUCACUUCGGUAUUGACCCAAAACGCCAGCAUGGGAAUACAGGGCCAUCCGACUGUCCUUUCAAUCUUAAAGUCUCUUCAGGACACCGAGGUUUUCAAGGCGUGUGAGCCAAAGAUCAGUUUGAUACUUCAUCGGCUCAAGCAGCGACAGCAAGAUUCCUUCAUCAUUGCUGCUGCUGCAAUCAAUAUGCCGGCUGACAGAAUGGAUACUGCCUCACCUGCGCCUCAAGAUAAGGAGUCUAAGGAGCUGAAGAAGAAGCAAGCUCUCGAGAGACAGGCAAAGGUCAUGGCAGCGUUCAAAGAGCAGCAAGGCAAGUUCUUGGCCAACCAGGACUUCGAUUGGGGUGAAGACGACUUUAGCGACCUCGAAGAUGAAACCGGGGGACUUGUCGAACAAGAAAAGACACUAAAAUUCCCCUCUGGCACAUGCAUACUAUGUCAAGAAGACUGCAAUGAACAGAGACUGUAUGGAUCUUUUGGGUAUAUUUCCGAGAGCAGGAUACUUCGGCAAACACCCCUAGAAGAUUCAGAGUGGGUAGACGAAGUUGUACAGACUCCAAGUAGUCUUGACAGAUCCGCCGAAGAUCUGCGACCAUUUGGCGUCGCGGGCAGAAACCGACGCAUGAUUGAGAAGGUGACGGCCACGGGUGAGCGAGUGACUAGUGAAAGGCAAGAACUGGGAAGGGGAUUUCCACCAGCCUCGGUAACACCAGGUCCGGUAACGACUGGCUGUGGCCACAUCAUGCAUUUUGCUUGCUUUGAGGUAUAUCUCAAUGCAACCCAGAGGCGCCAUGUCAGCCAGAUUGCCAGGAACCACCCUGAACGGCCUGAGCUAAAGGAGUUCAUGUGCCCACUUUGCAAAGCCCUUGGCAACAUUUUCUUGCCAAUCAUCUGGAAAGCAAAGAAGGUGUCUAGUACUGGUGUACUGGAGACUGAAAAAACAUUCGACGACUGGCUCGAGUCACAGCUGGUCGCGACUCACAAGAGUCUGGAAAAGGGGUUGAAAGUACCUGCUGAUAUGUCCCAUGACCAGAAGAUGCUAUAUGAGUAUGCAGAGCGGCAUUUUAUCCAACCGGUAUCGAGUCGACUGCCUGACCUUCUCAAGCCCCAACUUCCGACAGCUGGUCUCGCUCUUGCACAGCCGCCAACACAGCUUGCGCCACGAUUUCAGGUCCCGGCUUUCCUGGGUGUGCAACCUCUGGAAGCCGCCGAACCAGGAUUUGGCCCAACUCAAACCAGCCCUGCUUUGACCCAGGAUGUUCCCAUGGGAGAGUUGAUCAAGAUAUACCACAGACUAAGAGACACAUUGAAAGUCAACAGCAUUCAGUCCUCGUUCGCAUACCCACAUACACCAGCUAUCUCAGAGGACUUUACACACACGGAUGCCCUUGCGCAGGCCCUUGGAUACUCGAUCGCUGCAGCAGAGAUUGCUCAACGAGGCGUGCAGUCUGAAGCCGCGCGCGGAACUCUGAUUGACAGGAUCUCCCCGCAGACGAUCACGCAUCUCCGGGUAUUUUCAGAAAGUGUCUCUUCAUACAUCGCGAUUGGAGGACUGCGAGGUCAGGGUCCAACCAAGACUAUCAAUGAGUUUUCUGAGAUCCAGCGCCGGCAAUUCCGCCAGUUGCUAGUUGGACAUCCCAGUAUAUAUGACCCGGAUGUGUUGAGCUUUGAUCUCAAGGGCAUAACACCUCUUCUUUGCCAGGAUCCGUUCAUUUUCCUCUCUCAAUGCGCUGUCGGCAUCGUUCCAGCGGCGAACCUCGACGUUCACCACAUCAUGCGGAUGUGUUAUCUUGCAGAGAUUGUUCGGGUGAUUUUUGUGUUUGCUCUGGGUAGAAAGAAUCAUUCGACUGAAGAGAUGUCACUGGACUCUGAUCUUCUCUUCCCGAAUCCUGAACAGUUCAUAAACCCAGAAAAGGUCAGCAACAACUUUGGAUCAACAGAGCAGAUGAACAACCUGCUCUUCUUUAUCUGCGUCAUCUACAAUGUGACUGAUGUGGGCAACUCGCCUUCCUCGCUCGAUAUCGACAAUAUGCCUAUCCCUCCACGGUUCAAGGAUCCAAACUUUCUUUACUUCAUACACACCAUGGUCUCGACAUAUGCGCUACCUUUUGUGCGCAAAGCCGCAAUCCUAAUGCAUGUCCGCUACGGUAUUGAUCUACCACAUGUCUCUACUGAACGCGCAGACGAGCCCGAACUCGCGCGACUAUCCACCAUCCUCCGUCUGCCCUCACUCGACGAAAUCUUUGCCUCAUUCACCAUGCGCACAAGCGCAGCCCACACCAGCCGAUCCAUUGUCGGUGGCUGGCUACGACACUUGCUAUGGGCUCAAGCAGGCAACAAUCCCCUCCGACCCACAAUAUCGCUUUCCCACCCCUCAAUCUUUGAGCUCGUAGGCCUGCCCAAGAACUACGACACGCUCACCGACGAAGCAAUACGCCGCCGCUGCCCAACAACUGGCAAAGAGCUGACAGACCCUGCCUUGUGUCUCUUCUGCGGCGAAAUCAUGUGCAGCCAAGCCGUAUGCUGCAUGACGAAUAAGAACCGUGGAGGUUGUAAUCAGCAUUUAGCUAAAUGCGGCGGCCAAAUCGGCCUCUUCAUCCACAUACGCAAAUGCAUGGUCCUCUUCCUCAACCUGGACCACGGUACCUGGCAUGUCGCCCCUUAUCUCGACAAGCACGGUGAAGUCGACCCCGCUCUGCGCCGCCACCACCAGCUUUUCCUCAAUCAGAAACGGUACGAUGCGCUGCUUAGGAAGGUCUGGCUUGAGGGCGGUGUGCAGAGCCUUAUUGCGAGGAGGUUGGAGGGUGAUGUGAAUAAUGGGGGGUGGGAGAGUUUGUAAGUAGUGGUAAUGAGGGAGCUGGCUUGGGGUGUAUGAAUAUGAAUAUGAAUAUGAAUAUGAAAAUGAAUAUGAGGUUGGUGUUUGGGGGCGGGGCGGGGCAAUGGAGUUUCUCUGUUACCUUUUUAAUGAAUAUGUUUUUACGGUUGAAGUUGGGCGUCCUUGAAUUGGGU